UCUCAAUGGUGUCAGUUUGUGUUGUGGACGAGUUACGAAAUAUUACUCCAACCUUUCUUCUACUGAAGUAGUAUUUCGAUUAGCAAUUAUGGACGCUCUUCUGAAGACGUUAUUUUCCUCGGAGGAGCAAGAGCUGUAUGUUUUGGACUGCUUGUCGUACUUGAUGAUGGUUAUGGCAUUCAUAACUUUUGUCACUUUACUCUUUGAGCACGUGCCCUAUGGCAGAUAUGCAUCCAGCAGGUAUGGGUUCCCUGUGAAUGUCAAAGUCGCCUGGUUCGUUCAGGAGCUGCCGGCUUUUCUGGUGCCUUUGAGUUUGGUGCUGUGGAGUCCAUGUGCAAAGAUAAUGCACCUGCCCAACCAAUUACUUCUGCUCAUGUUCUUAUGCCAUUAUGUGCAAAGGUCCCUCAUCUUCCCGUUUUUAAUUCGAGGAGGGAAAUCCACACCAUUCAUCUCGUUUGUCCUGGCCUUUGUCUUCUGCAUCUAUAAUGGGUACCUGCAGGCAAGAUACCUGAGUCACUAUGCAGAUUACCCACCUGGUUGGGUUACGCACCCCUGUUUCAUCAUAGGGUCUUGUAUGUGGUUCCUGGGAUGGAUCAUUAAUAUUCACUCUGACCAUAUUCUCAGGAACCUCCGUAAGCCUGCAGAGACAGGCUAUAAGAUACCUAGAGGGGGCAUGUUUGAGUAUGUUUCGGGAGCAAACUACUUUGGGGAGAUUGUGGAAUGGUCUGGAUUUGCUCUGGCUGGUCACUCGAUCCAUAGUGCAGCUUUUGCUCUCUUCACUUUAAUUGUGCUGUCCAGCAGAGGAAUGGCCCACCACAAGUGGUAUCUCACAAAAUUUGAAGACUAUCCAAAAUCAAGGAAAGCUUUAAUACCGCUUGUGCUCUGAUCAUGUGUUUUCAAGGGAAGUGCUAUCAAAAUGUACAGAGACUGGGUAGAAAUGCAUUGAGCACUACACAAUAAUAAUAACUCAAUUCUACAAGACAAAUAAUUUAUUUAUAUUAUACAACAGCACGCACAUUUAUGAAGUGCAAAAACAGCAUUACUAUGAGAGAUCAUACAGUGUCUCAGAGGAGAUGAGAUACACAUGGCAGACCAUAAUCCAGACGUUCCCUAUUAACCAUCUCUUCUUCAAGACAGUAACAAUGUGUCAGCAAAAUAUGGACUUUCUGAUCGUGCUGGAUACGAGGCUAUCCAAGUCAAACACAUGAUUUAUCUGUUGAAGAGUGAGAACUUUUAUCCAUGUACUGCAAGUGUGACAGCAGAACCAUUAAUCAUGUUAUACACGCAUCUGAUCCAAAAUGUUCAGCCCUUCAUGGAGAAUUUGCCAUGCUGUCAGUUUGGACUAAAAACUGAAAAAAAUCAAGAUAUUCCUGGUUAAUAAAAGGCUCAGCUGUUCAUGAUAAAAUGUGAAAUAAAAUGUGUUUAAAUGUUACGAAAGGAGAUUUCAAUUUAAAAUUCGUAUUAUGUUUACUGAUGUAUGCGUCAAUCUUUAA